AUGGCUGCAGAACUAUCGGAGAAGGCCGCCGCCAACGGCCCGUCUGGCCGCUCCUCGAGCCAUCGCAACUCGACUGACGGCACGAUCAUGGCUGGCACGACGGGGACCCAGCGAGGCCUGAGUCCCAGCCCGAGUCCCAGUCCCAAUCCAAGUCGUUUAGCUCUGGAAAAAGCCGACAGCAAGGCCGCUCCUGCAAACAGCGCUGACGAUGACGACCCUUUUAAGCACCUGCCCUCCCACGAAGCCGAGAUCCUCAAGGCCCAAGUCACCGUUCCCGAAGUGAAGGCCGGUCUCGCCGCUCUGUACCGCUAUGCCUCGCGCAAUGAUCUGAUUAUCAUUGCCGUUUCGUCCGUGUGCGCAAUUGCUGCUGGCGCCGCCUUGCCCUUGAUGACUGUUAUCUUCGGUAACCUUCAAGGCACCUUCCAAAACUACUUCAGCGGGAUUGGCACAUAUGAUGACUUCGUUGACGAGAUCAGCCAUCUCGUUCUCUUCUUCGUCUACCUUGCCAUUGGCGAGUUCAUCGCCAGCUACGUCUCCACUGUAGGAUUCAUAUACACGGGAGAGCACAUCAGCGCAAAGAUCCGCGGGCACUACCUGGAGAGCUGCAUGCGCCAGAACAUGGGUUUCUUCGACAAGCUUGGCGCCGGCGAAGUCACGACUCGCAUAACCGCCGAUACGAACCUCAUCCAGGAGGGCAUCUCUGAGAAGGUCAGCCUGACUCUCGCCGCGAUUGCCACCUUCGUCGCUGCUUUUGUCAUCGGCUUUGUCACUUACUGGAAGCUCACCCUCAUCCUGCUGAGCACCGUGUUCGCCCUGCUAUUCUGCAUGGGUGGCGGCUCGACCUUCAUCGUGAAGUUCUCCAAGAAGAACGUCAACGCCUAUGCCGAGGGUGGCUCCGUCGCCGACGAGGUCAUCAGCAGCAUUCGCAACGCCGUUGCGUUUGGCACACAGGACCGCCUAGCCAGGCAAUACGACACGCACCUUGUUCGUGCCGAGACCUACGGUUUCAAGCUGAAGUCCACCCUGGCCAUCAUGGUUGCCGGCAUGAUGCUGAUUCUGUACCUCAACUACGGUCUUGCCUUCUGGAUGGGUUCGCGAUAUCUUGUCGACCACGUCAUUCCCCUGAAGAAGGUCCUUAUCAUUAUGCUCAGCGUUAUGAUAGGCGCAUUUAACCUGGGAAAUAUUGCCCCGAAUGCCCAGGCUUUCGUCACCGCCCUCGGUGCGGCUGCCAAGAUCUUCAACACGAUUGACCGUGCCUCUCCCCUGGACCCCUCCAGCAACGAGGGCGGGAAGUUGGAGAAGCUUGUGGGGACCAUCCGAUUGGAGAACAUCAAGCAUAUUUACCCGUCGCGCCCGGAAGUUGUCGUCAUGGAGGAUGUGUCGCUGACCAUACCUGCGGGUAAGACCACCGCCCUCGUCGGCGCCUCGGGAAGCGGGAAGUCGACUAUCGUCGGGUUGGUCGAAAGGUUCUACAACCCGGUCGCUGGCAAGAUCUACCUUGAUGACGUUGAUAUCUCCACCCUCAACCUCCGGUGGCUUCGCCAGCAGAUCUCUCUCGUGUCCCAAGAGCCGACUCUCUUCAGCACCACUAUCUACGGAAACAUCAAGCACGGUCUUAUCGGCACCAAGUGGGAGAAUGAGUCGGACGAGGUGCAAGAAGGGCUCAUCUACGAGGCUGCCAAGAAGGCCAACGCGCACGAUUUCGUCAGCUCCUUGCCCGAGGGCUACCAGACCAACGUGGGCGAGCGCGGAUUCUUGCUCAGCGGAGGUCAGAAGCAGCGUAUCGCCAUUGCCAGGGCCAUCGUUUCUGACCCCAAGAUUCUCCUCCUCGAUGAGGCCACAAGCGCUCUCGACACCAAGUCUGAAGGAGUCGUGCAGGCAGCGCUCGAGGUCGCAGCCGCCGGUCGCACUACCAUCACCAUCGCUCACCGGCUGUCGACCAUCAGAGACGCGCACAAUAUCGUGGUUAUGUCGGAGGGUAGGAUCAUCGAGCAAGGUACCCACGACGAGCUCCUAGAAAAGCGCGGUGCCUACUACGGUCUUGUCACGGCCCAGAACAUUGCGGUUGUCAACGAAUUGGACUCGGAGGAAGAAGAGGCGAUCAACCAAGAACAGGAGAGGCUUCUUAUCCGGAAGGCUAGCAGCAGGGCCAAGGAGGCCGGCGAUGGCGGCAGCGGGGCCUUCGCCGAGGACCCUGAUGACGCUAUUGCCGCGAGACUCGGACGCUCGAGCACACAGAAGAGUGCCAGCAGCAUGGCCCUCGCGGCGCGGCGGAAGGAGGCCAACCAGAAAUACGGCUUGUGGACCCUGAUCAAGCUGAUUGCCAGCUUCAACCGGAAGGAAUGGAAACUCAUGGUCAUCGGCUUGAUCUUCUCCAUCAUCUGUGGUUGCGGAAACCCUACUCAGGCCGUCUUCUUCGCCAAGCUCAUUUCGGCUCUCUCUGUUCCCGUCACAUCAGCCACGAUCCCCCAGAUCCGCAGCGAUGCUUCCUUUUGGAGCUUGAUGUACCUCAUGCUCGCUUUCGUUCAGUUCAUUGCAUUUUCCCUUCAGGGCGUUAUCUUCGCCAAAUGCAGCGAGCGUCUCAUUCACCGGGUCCGGGAUAUGGCCUUCCGUUCCAUGCUCCGCCAAGACGUCGAGUUUUUCGACAUGGACGAAAACUCGGCAGGCUCUCUGACAUCUUUCCUCAGCACCGAAACCACCCACGUUGCUGGGAUUAGCGGCGUCACCCUCGGAACACUGCUCAUGGUCACGACCACCCUGAUCAGCGCCAUGGUUGUCGGUCUGGCUCUGGGCUGGAAGCUGGCUCUCGUCUGCAUCUCCACCAUCCCCGUCCUCCUUGGCUGCGGCUUCUUCCGUUUCUGGAUGCUUGCGCACUACCAAAGACGUGCCAGAAAGGCCUAUACCGGCUCGGCGAGCUACGCCUCGGAAGCCAUCACGGCUAUUCGCACCGUCGCCUCGCUCACGCGUGAGGAAGACGUCCUGAGACAGUACCGGGAGUCGCUCGCUAUCCAGCAGCGCUCCAGCCUGAUAUCAGUCUUGAAGACGAGCACCCUCUACGCUGGCUCGCAGUCGCUCACCUUCCUCGCCUUGGCUCUCGGUUUCUGGUACGGCGGCACCCUGAUCGCCAAAUAUGAAUACAGCAUGUUCCAAUUCUUCGUCGUCUUCUCGUCGGUAAUUUUCGGCGCCCAGUCUGCGGGAACCGUGUUCAGCUUCGCCCCCGACAUGGGCAAGGCCGUCGAAAGCUCCCGCGCUCUCAAGACGCUCUUCGACCGCAAGCCCACAGUCGACACGUGGUCCGAGGAAGGCUCCAAGGUGGAUUCAGUUGACGGCCACAUUGAAUUCCGUGACGUCCACUUCCGCUAUCCGACGCGGCCUGACCAGCCAGUGCUACGGGGUCUCGACCUUGCCAUCUCGCCCGGGCAGUAUGUCGCGCUGGUCGGCGCCUCGGGUUGCGGCAAGAGCACGACCAUCGCCCUGCUCGAGCGCUUCUAUGACCCUCUCGCCGGCAGCAUCCUGGUCGAUGGCAAGGAGAUCAGCAACCUCAACGUCAACGAGUAUCGCAGCUUCAUUGCGCUUGUAUCACAAGAGCCGACGCUGUAUCAGGGUAGCAUCCGCGAGAAUAUCAUCCUCGGGUCGCCGCACCAGGUUACGGAUGAGCAAGUCGAGUUCGCUUGCAAAGAGGCCAACAUCUACGACUUCAUCCUCUCGCUCCCCGACGGCUUCAAUACCGUGGUCGGCUCCAAGGGCACCCUGCUGUCGGGAGGCCAGAAGCAACGUAUCGCAAUAGCACGCGCUCUCAUCCGCGACCCCAAGAUCCUGCUCCUCGACGAGGCCACCAGCGCGCUCGACAGCGAGAGCGAGCACGUCGUGCAGGCGGCUCUAGACAAGGCCGCAAAGGGCCGGACCACCAUCGCCGUCGCGCAUCGCCUCAGCACCAUCCAGAAGGCCGACAUCAUCUAUGUAUUCGACCAGGGCCGCAUCGUUGAGCGGGGCACACACCCCGAGCUGAUGAGGAUGAAUGGGCGAUAUGCCGAGCUUGUCAACCUGCAGACGCUGGAGAAGCACGGAUAG